GAUUCACACUGAGGGUUUCUUGGCACACUAUCUCUUCCCUCCUCCUCCCCAGGAGAUUUUCACAAAGCAGUACCCUGGCUAGGCUGUGCCCCCAGGCCCUCACUGGGGAAUUCUUAAGCCCCUUCAUCUUGCUUUUGAGCCAUGUCUGGGUAUUAUCCAGGCUAUUGUGGAACUAGACAAUUCUCCUGGCACCACAGUGACGCUGGAAGACAGGAAUCCUCUCAGCACUUGUGAUGCUUUUAUAUGGGCAUUCCAUGCUGUCACCAGAACCGUGCAGCCGGUACAAACCCCUGUAAACACAAACUGAUGUGUUCAGACAUGCGGUUUGGAGUGAGUGUAGACACUUCAAUUUGUCCACAUCACUUCUGUGAAUACCUGAGCUCAGGCUGUCUGGCUUUAGAGUGUCUUUACUUACUGAGCCAUCUUGAACAAUCUAAACCCCCUCAACCUCCAUCAGGGCAGGCUCUCAUUAUAUAGUCCUGGCUGGCCUGCAACUCACUAUGUAGACUAGGCUGGCCUCGAAUUCAGAGACCUGACAGCCUGUUUCCUUAGUGCUGGGAUUAGAGGUGUGUGUCACCGCAUCUGGCCUAAAUAUUUUUAAAAUGUACUUACACACCAGGAGUGGAAUUCAUGCCUUUAGUCCCAGUACUCAGGAGGCAGAGGCAGGUGGAUCUCUGCCAGUUCGUGGCCAGCCUGGUCUAUAUACCAAGUUCUAGGACAGCCAGGUCCACACUGAGAAAUCUUGUCUUUGGAAACCAAACCAAAACGAAAAACAUUUACUUGCAAUGUUUCAUGGAGUGUAACCUGCCACUUGUAUUCUCACACUGGCACUCAGAAAGCGGUAGGUUUGAGUAUGGGGUACACCCAAGUGGUCCAGCCUGGGCUCAGCAUGCAUGGGCCCCUGGAAUGAGGUUUCCCGAGUUCAGCAGUGUUAGGCUCACACAGCACCAGGCACUCCUCUGGUUGCUAGGCUCAGUGCUUAAGAGCACUGAUCGACUUCCCACCACCCACACUGAGGUCCACAGGUCAAACUCAGUCUGGGGUAUCCCAUGCCCUUUCCUGGCCUCUGCAAGCACGUGCUACAGUACACCCGUGUACACAUAAAAAGUAAGUAAAAACAGAGGGGGAAAUAGAGAAGGGUUAUGUGGGUCUUCCUGGUGGAAGCAGCUGGGGUCACCUCCAAUAUUCACACCCUGGCUGAUCUACUUGGGUCAAUGAUCUUAACAGUCUCAAAGGUUUCCGUAUUUCCCAAAAUAGAACGAGCAGCUGGGAGACACCUGUUCACGCGCACGAGUGGGGGCAGUUUCACAUCCAAAAGCAACAGGAUGUUCAGAACUGUCCUGCGGAGUUCUCUCUUCGGCGGGCAGCUGUGGGCUGAGGGCCACAAACCACAGCACCUGCUAGGUUUAACCAGAAAGGCGAGUCUGGCCAGGACCGGAAAGUAGGGAGGGCCGGACAGGUGCGCCGACGUCUGGGUAUGUGGAAUAGAAUCCCACUCCUUAGCCCAACCUGGCGUCGAACUCACUCACAGCCAGCCUCCUGCCCUGGUCACCGAGUGCAGGUGCGACUCUGUGAUGCAGAAGUUGGCCCACUCUGUGCAGCUGCACGCCAGUCACCGCGCACUCCGACCGGGGAAGGACAAUCGGUGCCACCAAGGCGUGCCCCGCCCACCACCCCAGAGCCCGGAGUGCACUGGGGUUCCCGGAACAGCCGGCCCGGCCCGGGCGAGGCAUCAUCUGCGCAUGCGCCCAGAGCCCAGGCUCAAAGCUCUGGGACCCAGGGUAGUUCGGCCAUCGCGCAGGCGCACUGGCGGCUUCCCCGCUGCAGCCAUGGCCGCGUCCGCGCCUGGUCUCAUCUCGGUCUUCUCCAGCCCGCAAGAGUUGGGCGCGUCGCUGGCGCAGCUGGUAGCGCAGCGGGCCGCGAGCUGCCUGGAAGGGAACCGUGGCCGCUUCGCGCUCGGCCUGUCGGGCGGCAGCCUGGUCUCCAUGCUGGCCCGGGAUCUGCCCGCCGCCGUCGCUCCCGCCGGGCCCGACAGCUUCGCGCGCUGGACGCUCGGCUUCUGCGACGAGCGCCUCGUGCCCUUCGAGCACGCCGAGAGCACGUACGGCCUCUACCGGACACACCUGCUCUCAAAGCUGCUCAUCCCAGACAGCCAGGUCCUCACUGUCAAUCCUGCCUUGCCCGUGGAGGACGCUGCAGAGGACUAUGCCGGGAAGCUGAGGCAGGAGCAAGAGAAGAUUGUGGCUCCCAUCAGUGACUCCCCAAAACCACCACCGCAGAGGGUGACCCUGACGCUCCCUGUGCUGAAUGCAGCCCAGAGUAUCAUCUUCGUGGCCACAGGGGAAGGCAAGGCAGCUGUGCUGAAGCGCAUCCUGGAGGACAAAGACAGCUCGCUGCCCGCCACCAUGGUGCAGCCGCGCACGGGCGCCCUCUGCUGGUUCCUGGACGAGGCGGCCGCACGAUUGCUGUCGGUGCCCUUCGAGAAGCAUUCCACGCUGUAGCGCGGGGUACACACGCGUGGGCACUUUGGGGCUGGCCCCCGGCCUCUGCCCCGGGCUUUCUGGAAAAGCCUCCAGGGGCCGCGGGAGCGAGCCAACUGAGAAUUAAACGGAGCGUUCUGGAA